GAGCAGGCGUGGUUGAUUUCAAGAUGGCCGACGCAGGAAGCCAAUGUUUUUCAUGCUGCAACGUAUUUAUUGACAACUCGGCCUUAUUUUAAUACAUUUGACUCUUACCCUUGCAUAAGAAAGGGAUUGCACAGAUAUAAUACAUCAGACGAACGUUUGAAUUCUGUAUCAAUACCGUCCUCAUGGCAAACGGGUAAUCAACGACUUGCUCUGCACGACUGUGGACUUGUUGAUGUUUUCAUCGAAAUAACGGAAGCCAAAAGAAAGUUGCAGGGGCACUACCAACGAUGUCGUUUCUCAGCAGCUUAAAAAAGCUGUUUAACUCUAAGGAGAGUAAGAAGAAAACGAAACAGAAUGAACAUAUAAUAACUGAUAGGGAUCCUAGCCAACUGUGGGAGAUUGUUGGAGAGCUGGGAGAUGGGGCGUUUGGAAAAGUGUACAAGGCCCAGCACAAGGAGGGGAAGCAGUUUGCAGCUUUGAAGAAAGUGGAGCUCAAAAAUGAAGAAGACCUGGAAGAUUUCACAGUGGAAAUUGACAUCCUCUCAGAGUGCAAACAUCCCAAUGUUGUGGGUUUAUAUGAGGCUUUCCUAUGGGCUGAACAUCUUAUGAUUUACAUAGAAUUUUGUGCUGGCGGCGCAGUUGACAGUAUAAUGUUAGAGCUAGAAAAAGGCCUGAACGAGACUCAGAUUAAAGCCAUAACACAUCAGAUGUGCCAGGGGCUGAAGUUCCUCCAUGAGAAUAAAGUAAUCCACAGGGACUUGAAGGCAGGGAAUGUGUUAUUAACACUGGAGGGCCAGGUUAAGCUGGCUGAUUUCGGUGUGUCAGCUAAGAACACCAAGACAAGGCAGAGAAGAGACUCUUUUAUUGGAACACCAUACUGGAUGGCCCCAGAAGUCAUCCUUUGUGAGACUUACAAGGAAAACCCAUAUGACCACAUGGCUGAUGUUUGGUCUCUAGGUUGCACCAUGAUUGAGUUUGCGGAGAUGGAGCCACCAAACCAUGAGAUGCAUCCAAUGAGAGUUCUUAUCAAGAUCCAGAAAAACGACCCUCCUACAUUACUUAACAGAAAGAAAUGGAGCAAUGAAUUCCAUGACUUUCUUUCCAAAUGCCUGGUGAAGAAUCCAGAACACAGAAUGAACAUGGAGCAACUGCUGCAGCAUGUUUUUAUCAAAGAUGCCACAGACAUCAAACCAAUACGAGACCUGGUGGCUGAGGCUAAGGCAGAGGUUAUUGAAGAGGUGCAGGACUUGGAUGAGGAGGAGGAGAUCAAGGGUGGAGAUGAGGACACUUUAUCUAUGGAUGACAUACUGGAGUUGGAAGAAACAGAGGCCGUGCCUAGAGACACUGAUUCAGACACUAACUCCAUCGGGGAUGUCUCAAAGAUAUCUGAAGACUUGGAUAGAGAAUUUGAGAAACUUGAUGAAGAAGAGAGGAGCUCUCAGUCCUCCAUCACUCCUAGAACGCCCUCUCCUUCCCCAAGGGAGGUGACACCUUCCCCUAGAGAAAGCCCUGAGGUGGAGGUGCCUAAAGAACCUAGUGGUGUAGAAAUAACAGAAAAAACUGAUCAGCCAGCAGGCGAAAUAACAAACUUUGAGAAUGUAAAAACCGACGAAACCACCAAAGACAAAAAUGAGGCUUUAGAAACUGUUGAAACCAAAAAUGACACCUCAGAACCUGUUGAAAUUAAAGACAAUGAUGAAGGAGUGGUAGAGGUAGAUAAAGAAAGUAAGGGAGAAGUUCAGAAAGAAGAAGAACAAAGAGAACAAGAUGAUAAGAGGUCUAUGGAUGAAGGUAUUGGUGCAAGCAGCAGUGAGAAGUCAGUUGUGUCAGUUGAUACUACACAGUCGGAAAGCUCCAGUGAUAUAUCAGAUGAAUACAGGAGGAAAGAGAUGGAAGCCAUACACCAGCAAGUAGCACAGGCUAUACUGGAUGAAAUCGUUGAUGAGGUUAUCAAGUCAGACACCACACAGCCCUCGAUACCAGCCGUGGUCUUGGACACUGUUAAUGACAUAGUCAGUGACACAGUUCUGCCCCCUCCAGUUGAAGAGGCAGGUGGCAAGGUCAUGGUCACUGACCUUGAUGAAGAGGAAGAUGACUCUAGGUCAAAAGUCAGAGAGACUAGAGAAAAUGAAAAACAUGAUUCACAAGGGCCACAGAGUCUACGAGAGGCAAUGAAAGCCAAUAAGAACAGUCGGCCUGAUGUCACUGUAAAUAACCAGGCUGUUCCACCGGACACUUCUGUACUGAUCAAUGGUUCUGUCGGUAGGGAUUCCCCACGAAGGGAAAAAGCUCCCACCCCACCCAGAGACACUGGUAGAGAAGGAGAGGUAAACAGGGCUCCUGAUGGAAGGAUUGAAGGAGUCAGAUAUAGGAAGAAUGAAAAGAGGGAAUCUAGGUCAGAUGAAGGCAGAGGAACAACAAAAUCCAGAGACGGUCAGAAACAAGCAGAUUAUCGCACCAUCAACAAGACCCGUAAAUAUAUGAUAGAUGGUGUUGUUGUCACAUCCAAGACAACCCGGGUAGUGGCUGCUGGAGAAGAAAACAAGAGUAAAGAGGAACACCAAAUGAGGAAGCAAGACUUGAGAGAGCUGAAGCUGCUACAGAAGGUUGAAAACAAACAGUACCAGGAACUGGUCUACAAGGCACAGUAUGCCAGGGAACAGCAAGAAAAGAAGUUUGAACAAGAAAUGCAGAACUUGUUAAAGAACUUUGAGGUGGAUAUUGAGAACCUGAACAAGCAGCAGAAGUUUGCAGUGGAAAAGGCAGAGAAAGCCCAAGAACAAGACCUCAAUAUAGCAGCAAAGAAACUCAGGCUGGACCAGGAGAGAGAACUGAAGCUGUUCAGAGAAGAUUUAAAGAAUGAGCUGAAACUGCUGAAACAUCAGGUAGACAUGAUGCCCAAAGAUGUCAGGAAGGAAGCAUACAAGAAAAAGAAGGAAGAGAAGGAAAUUGAACAGGCUGAAAAGGAGAGAAAUUUUCUUGAGAAGCAGCAGGAGAACUUGGAACGCUCAAUGAAGAGACUUGCUGAUCAGCACAAGGAGAAAAUUGCACUACUAGAGAAACAAUUCUUACAGCAGAAACAACAGCUAUUAAGAGCUAGAGAAGCAGCUAUCUGGGAACUUGAAGAGAGACAACUCCAUGAGAAACACCAACUUGCAAAACGUCAACUCAAAGAUUUGUUCUUCCUUAAGAGACACCAGAUGUUGACUAGACAUGAAAGGGAAUUGGAGCAAGUGAAGAGAAUUAACACACACAAGGAGGACGAGAUGAUAAGGAGACACAUACUAGAAAAGAAAAGAUUACCCAAAAUACAGAAGAAUGAACUGAAAACCAGGGAACAGUUAUUCAAACAGAGCAUGAGGAUAAGCACAGUCCUGAGUCCUGAUGAGGAGAAGAACAAAUUCAGAGAGUUCCAAGAAAAUGAGAAAAAGCGUGUAAAAUCUGAACAGAGAAGGCAAGAAUUAAAACAUAAGAAGCAGUGGGAGGAAUUAAAAAUGAAGAAUGAUGCAGCUUCUAGAGAACUUGAACAAUUACAGGCUGAAAAACGCAAGAUGCUAAUGGAACAUGAGACACAGAAGAUUAAAGAGUUGGAGGAACAGUAUCAAAGUGAGCUGAAAGAGUGGAAGAAUAAUCUGAGACCAAGGAAACAGGCUCUGGAGGAGGAAUUUAACCGCCAAAGAACAGAACAGGAGAGGUUUUAUGGAAGUACACUUUACAAUGAAGUGGACAUGGGAACUCCAGAGAGACAGAGUAAUGGGCAAUCCAUUAGAGCAUCUACAGCAAUAUGAUUUUAUACAGCAUAUUUAUUAUUAUUAUUAUCAUUAUUAUCAUUGCAUAUUAUUCUCUGUACAGGCAUAAUGUUGAACUGACUGAAAUGCUGAAAUAAUCCAAUCCACAAAGAUGAAAUUAUGAAUUUUGAGUUAACAUGGAUUUACAUCUGCAGGAACAGAGACAGGGAGAGUUACAACCCAUGUAUACAAAGGAAUGUUAUAUUCAGAAUGAACUGCAGAUAAUUAUGAACCUCAAAGUUGUUCAAAAUUUCAUGAUUAGUAAAAAAAAAAAAUGGGUCACAAAAGCUGCAGGCCAAUUCUUGCUGUAAACCCUACCAAUGCCUUAUUACAGAAUGGCCAAUAUUCUGAAUGACAACUCUAUCAUUUUGUGUGUUAUUGACAUUGCAUAAAUCAGUGGAAAGAAAUCCGUUUGUGAAACUUUUCUGGUUUCUGGAGUUAUGAUCACACAUCAUUUGUCUAAAUUUCAAAUUGAUAUAAAAAUGUCAUGUUUUAAAAUGCUUGAGGCAAUGCAUUUAAUCACAAGGCAAGACAUUAUUGCAUGUUAAUUUAAAUGGUAUAUCUACUUCCUGAACCUAAGAACAAGGGAUGAAUAGAAAUAACUCCAUUAUCAUUACCCAUUUUUGCUUGUCACUGGGCUAUAUAUUUAUAUAUGUAUAUUGUCAUGUUACCAUGACAAUGCAUUCUUGAUUACAGGCACUGUUCUACUUCUAUCAAGGUUUGAUACAUAUCAAAUUUGUUGCCAGGCAAGGAAAAGCAUAAUUUUUGUGAAAAGACAAUUUUUUUCUGGGUGUCACAGCAAUAGAUAAUCAGGCUUUUGCUGCUUUCUGUACAAGCGAUCUUCUCAAAGCUUUAUUGGUUUCAACUAUCUGAGAUGUCUGCCUUUUUGAAAGUGGGGUCAGUAAGUGUGGCAUAUAUUUGAUAGUUUAGUUAUUUCUUUUUUAUAAAGAUAUGAAAUUUUUCUCAGCUUGUCUGUGGAGUUAAACCAGACAAAAUUGGUAAGUAAAAAGCAGCAUAGCAUGUUCAAGCCAACAUGU